AGUCCUACUAAAAGAAAAUCCAACAGGGAAAACCUGCCGCUUCUGCGCGCGACCUGACGCCCAACUCCCGAAAGUUGUGAAGUUUAGUUGAUCUCUUUCUAACAGCCCAUCAGGUCAGAAGACAGGAGGCUGCGAUGUCUGCCGAUCAGAAAGAGGCCAUGAAUAUAUAUAGUGUAACGCUCAACGGACCUGCUCCCUGGGGUUUUCGGCUUCAGGGAGGCAAGGACUUCAACAUGCCCCUGACCGUGUCCAGGCUGACCCCAGGUGGUAAGGCGGCCCAGGCUGGAGUGGGUGUUGGGGAUUGGUUGGUGUCCAUCUCUGAUGCCAACGCAGAGGAGAUGACCCAUGUGGAGGCACAGAACAAGAUCAGAGCCGCAACCGACUCUCUCGCUCUCACUUUGAGCAGAGUGCAACAGUCCAGUCCAGAAGCGGUUGCAUCGCCACCCCGGCACGGUCUGCGGGUGGAAAACAUGGCCUGCUUCAUCCCCAACGAUCGCAGUAAGAAGAGGCUGAUCGAGGAUACGGAGGAUUGGCAGCCACGCACCGGCACCACCCAGUCUCGCUCUUUCCGAAUCCUGGCCCAGCUCACAGGCACUGACUUCAUGCAGGACCCGGAUGAUGAGAACAUGAAAAGGUCCAGUCACGGAGUAACUCCCUGUCCUGCCAAGUUCAAGCCAGCAGACAAACCUGAUGAAGUUCAAGUGCCAGCGAAAACGGCAACGGAUUCCGGUCCAGCCUGUCGGCCGCCGUGGGUAACCGAUCCCGGUUUCGCAGACCGUUACCAUCCAGACAAGACCAGCACGGUGGUCACCCAGCAUCAGAAACCGGUCCAGCCCACUCCCAUGCAGAACCGCAGCUCCAUCAUGCAGGCAGCACAGCAGAACCCCGCAGACUCCAGUGGACGCACACCGCUCUGCACCGCAUGCAACAAGAUCAUUAGGGGACGCUACGUGGUGGCGCUUGGUCGUUCCUGGCACCCAGAGGAGUUCACGUGCUGUCAGUGUAAAAGGGUAUUGGACGAGGGGGGAUUCUUUGAGGAAAAGGGAUCCAUUUACUGCACCAAGUGCUACGACAACCGUUACUCACCCAACUGUGCCAAAUGCAAGAAGAUGAUAACUGGGGAAAUCAUGCACGCCCUGAAGAUGACCUACCACGUACAGUGCUUCCUGUGUGCUGCCUGCAAAAUGCCCAUCAGGAACCAGGCCUUCUACAUGGAGGAGGGAGAGCCCUACUGCGAGAGAGACUAUGAAAAGAUGUUUGGUACCAAAUGCCAUGGCUGUGACUUCAAGAUUGAUGCGGGAGACCGUUUCCUCGAGGCGCUGGGCUACAGCUGGCAUGACACUUGCUUUGUCUGUGCUAUCUGUCAAAUCAAUCUGGAGGGGAAGACGUUCUAUUCAAAGAAGGACAAGCCAUUAUGUAAAAGUCACGCUUUCUCUCCGGUGUGAGGUUCUGCCUUUCGUCAAGGAGGGGCCGGAACGGAGACUGGGGGGUCUAUAGCUAUGCCAAACAAGACCAAGUACUUUACUUGAAGCCUGUAACAUAUGGCUGACUGACAGAGUGAUGGAUAUAGUAGCUCUGCUGGUUUUCACCGGCUGUUAUAGCAGCUUCGAUCAGCAUUUACUAAGUAUGUGUCAUUCAGCAAAGCACGGACCUGAAUUUUUGGUAGCUUGCUACAGUAAGCCGACAGACUGGCCUCAAUUUUGCUGUGUUACUAUGCCAGUCAUUCAACUGGAAACAGCUUGUGAACUGUUACGACCAUCGAUGGCAGAUGUCGGAAUGGAUAACAAGGUAUUUGGGUUAAGUAUUUUAGCUGUCCCUCCUCAUCCCACUCCACCUUCAAAAGUACACCUGCAGUAUUCGUCGAACCAGUGAACAUAGUACACUCUUAUACUGCUCACUUUUUCACUUUUUCUAGAUAUUAGUUUUCAUCAAUUUAGCAUCUGAGUGAAUCUCACAAAACAUGUCAUGUUCACGUUACAUUUUAUAUUGCAUAAAGAAGAUGGCUUAACCAUAUGUUAAAAUGCGAUUUGUUUUGUGACCGUUUCCUCGACAGCUAAGCACAUUUUCCCCUUUUUUAAUUACUCUAAUGCAAACAUGAAAAAAAGUUUGUCAUGAUAGUAUUUUUUUGUACUGCUUUUAUGCUGAUUUGCGUAAAGUAACAUUAAGUAAUAAAAAAAAAUAUAAUAAAAAAAAUUGUAAAAUAUCACCAUUUUAAAAAUAAAGGGAAUUAUAAAAAAUAAAAUGUAGUGAUGUCAAAUGAUUAAACGCAU